AUGAGACAAGACAACCUGACAGUGUCCCGUAUUCACAUUCUUUUGCGUCCCUUUGAAACGAAGUUGGUUGUACUCGCGCGUCUACUCGAAAAGCGCGUCGCGUCCGAUGUUUACGCGCCUUCAACGCGUCCACAGGGCGUCACAUAUGCAAAACGACAUCGUAUUCGCUUUCUUACAGGUCUAUCCUCCCGUCAAGCAACCCGUGCAUACGCUCUCGAGCAACAACAGGGCAUCGCAAAGCGCUACAACGUUCAUCAACAGGUCAUUGGAGUAGAGGACGCGUUUAGACAUCUUGUACGCUCUGUCGUCAUCCCGGAGGAUCAAAGAGUCCCCACUCUCAGAGGCCUCAUUGCCAAAAUGGUCGGACGGCAGGCCGCUCAUGAGACGCUCAGGGAUAAAGACGAACUAGAGGAGGAAGGAAUUGACGACUGUAUUGGUCACUGGUAUGGAGAUCUUACGGUCGAUACCAGGAGAGACGCACUCGUCGCGCACGCUCUCCAACUUGUGGAACUUAGGCUUCCUGUCUUUAUCCCCGAGCUCUGGUCUGGCCUGCUCACAAUUGCACUCGAGGCAAAGCUACAUGUAGAAGCCUCAAUUCUACUCGAAUACAUCCUCCUCUCCUUUUUCACUCCACACUCGGAUUCGGCAGAAUGUCCUGCAACGUACAUGGGCCGGCAAUUGACCGACCUCUACGUGGAAUACACUACGCACUUAUGCUCAGCAGACUUUUUCGCUGUACUUUUGCCGAUACUCGAACGUUCCCCUCCUCAUAUCUGGACACUACGCGCGGUCAAUCACUUGGUACGUCACAUUGACGCCGCUAUUGCCCCAACUUGCAUCUUCCUCCAUGCACUCGCUCGCAAUACCCUCUUUCAUCUCACGUCGCCCCUAUCCUCUCUCGACCAAACUGCAAAAGAAAUGCUGUUAGAGGGGCUUUACUCGCGGACGCUUGCUUUAUUGGAGAUGCUGGUUUCAAACGAGAUGAUCGAUCAGGAGGGCGAGAUCUCAAGCAAAGAGACGAUCAACAUGCUCGAUUAUCUUGGAUAUCUCGUCCAUACGCUAUGGACACACAGUGUUCGCGUAUCCUCACCGUUUUAUGCGGAUUACUUUAGGCUCAUCGUUGCGUUUGAUGCAUGGCUCUUUGCACAUUCGCAAUCUAUCGCACGCAACUUGCGUGUGAUCGAACACUUGUUUGCGCUCUGUGGCCUUUACACCCCUGCGGCCCUGGAUCGGGUGUACAAUUCCUGCGAAAACGCGACUUUACACGCUGUAAAGAUGUCGUUGGAGGUUGGUGUGCAACGUGCUGAGCGCUACUUGGCAAGAGCCAAAAGGAAACGAAAGCGAGAACAGACGGAUGUUGAGCCUGACGAGGUUGAUGGCCACAUUGUCUCAAAGCGAGCACGAGUUGUGCAAACGGAGACGGAACUAACGGAAGAUGGACCACCCACGGGCGAUGUGAGUACAAACGAGAGCCAAGAGAGGGAGAGUGUUGGGAGCGAGGAAGAAUGGAACGCCAGUCUAGAUGCGGUCGAGGAAUCUGCUGGCGAGUCAUAUCGCGAUAAAGGGAGCAGCUCUUCAUCCGAAACUUCUGAGGACGACGAGGACGAUGAUAGACGAACAGAAAGGGCAGUGCGCCCAAUUCCUCCUCGGAUGCGGAAUCGUCGGCUUCUCGAGAAAGCUCUCCAAAACGAUCAAGAGGGGCGAAAGGGGCCACACGGGGAAAAUCGAGCACCAGAGGCAGAGGCCGGCCUCCAAAGGCAAGAGGAUCCAGACUACCCCCGAAAGCAAGGGGACCAGGACGGCCUCCAAAAACAACAAACCCCGGCUCAACUGCACGACGGGGGCCAGGGAGACCCCCGGAGCCGUAAAACGCGCAAACAAAGCAGCUCGGAGAGCUCUACGUUUUCACUUGACCAAGCCUCGAGUGAAUUAGCGGAGGACGAGACGUCGCCUGGUUCUGAAGAGGAGGCUACAUUGACGCAUUAUUCUCAUUCAGAGGGUGAAGAACGGUCAAUGGAUGCUGCUUUGAGCACUACAGCAGAGAGGGAGGUCGAGGAUGUGACGUAUUCCACUGGCCUACGGUUUGGCAACGAUGCGAGCUCUGUUGACAACGUGAAUUCGGAUGUGGAGACGAGUCUGCAAACCGACAAUCUCAGUUCGGAAGUGGGUGACGAGGCUGAUUCGAGUAUACUUCGCAUCUCGUCGUUUUCGCGAUACAAGACACCCGUUUUGCACAGUGUCCUCACGGCGAAGCUUGGAGCACCCCAAACAAUCUCUUCCGGGGACGAACUAGGAGAAUAG